AUGGCCACCGAGAGCGAGCCCGGGCGGCGCCGCCGCUGCUGCACGCAGGAUGCGCUGGACGUCCCCAAGCCCCCCGAGCCCCGUGCUGACGGUGACGCCCUGCGCCGGGGCUCCCUCUGCGACCACCGCUGCGCUGCCAUCAACAACGUGCAGGGGGACCUGGGCGACCUGGGCUACCACCAGCAUCGGCCCCGCGGCCACGCAGCCGUGUCCCCGCCGCCCUGCUGCCAGCAGCACUCGGAGGAGGUCUGCGAGAGCUGCGUGGUGAAAACCACCCUGACGGCCGAGAACGUGGUGGAGGCCAACAAGCUCUCCAACAACUACAAGUUUGGCUUCAAGAAGUGGAAGAGCCACGUGACGGCGCGGCCCUGGGAGGACCGCUCGGAGAUCGUCAAGGAGCUCUACUCCGACCUCAACGUCAUCCGGGGCUCUGGAGGGUCCACGGUGACGUUUGGGAACAUCCUCUACCUGCUGCUCUUCGGCUGGUGGCUCUCGCUGCUCUACGUCCUCGUGGCCGCUCUGAUGUUUGUCACCGUCGUGGGGGCUCCCUAUGGGCGGCUCUGCUGGGACCUGGCCGGGUAUUUCCUCUGGCCCUUCGGCAAAGUGAUCCAGAAAGCAGAGGCCCCCAAAUCCCGCCGGGUGCUGGGUGCCUGCGAGGCUGGCACGGAGGCGAGUGGCACGGGGGAGAGCUCAGCCCUGCUCGGUGGCCCCGUGCCCCGCCGCUGGCGCCCACGCUGCUGGGCUGACGAAGGAUACUGGCAGCGUGCCGGCACCGUGGCGUGGCUGUGCUUGGGGUACCCCAUGCUGGCGCUGGCCCACGGGCUGGUGUGCGUCGCCGCCUGGCUCCUCGUCUUCCUCAUCCCCGUGGCCAAGCUGAGCGCCCGCACGGCCGCCCGCGUCCUGCUGCUGCCCCCGGAGCGGGUGCACGUCCGGCGCCUGAGGAUGACGGAGGUGCCGCUGGACGCGGAGGUGAUCCUGUGCUGCUACCGUGCUGUCAACCCCUACUAUUACAAAUACGCCGUGGAUGGCAUCAAUGUCUUCGCUGUCAACCUGCUGCCGCUGGUGCUGGUGACGCUGGUGCUGGGCUACGUGGACAGCCACAACCUCCUGACGAGCUCUCCCGUCAAGUUCACGCUGGCGCUGCUCUCCAUCAUGCCCCUCUCCUACUACAUCGGGAUGGCCAUCGCCAGCAUCUCGGCCCAGAGCAACUUUGCGGUGGGAGCGGUGGUGAACGCCACGUUCGGCUCCAUCACGGAGCUCACCUUCUACAUCACGGCCCUCAUCAAGGGCUCGCGCGAGGGCAACCGCUGCUACGCCGAGAUCGUCAAGUCGGCGCUGACGGGGACGCUGGUGGGCUGCGUCCUCUUCGUCCCGGGCUUGUGCAUGGUGAUAGGAGGCAUCCGGCACCAGGAGCAGCGCUUCAACAGCCGCUCGGCGGGCGUCAGCUCGGCCUUGCUCUUCCUCUCCGUUGGAGGUGUCUUUGCCCCGACGCUCUUCUCCAAGGUGUACGGGAAGCUGGUGUGCGGUGAGUGCCACAACGUCACCCAGAACCCGCUGGGCCACUACCUCUGCCACAACUGUCACUUUGACCUGAUGGAGAACAACGGCACCCUCUACUACAGCCACGUCCAGCCCCUGGUGUACACCGUGUCCCUCCUGCUCCCCGCCGCGUACCUCAUCGGCCUCUUCUUCACCCUGAAAACUCACUCGCACAUCUAUGACAUCCACGUCAGCGGCUGUCACAUGCCCGGCCACCACCACAGCGCCGUGGUCCACUGGUCCCGCUGGCGGGCCCUGGUCAUCCUCCUGCUCUCCACCCUCUGCAUGUCGGCCUGUGCCGACCUGGCCACGGAGCACAUCAGCCCCAUCCUCACCAACUCCACCAUCUCCCAGUACUUCAUCGGUGUCACUGUGCUGGCGAUGGUGCCUGAGCUGCCGGAGAUAGUCAAUGGCAUCCAGUUUGCCCUGCAGAACAACCUGAGCUUGAGCAUCGAGAUCGGGAACUGCAUCGCUGUCCAGGUCUGCAUGCUCCAGAUCCCCAUCCUGGUGCUCUUCACCAUCUUCUAUCCGACCAACUUCACGCUCGUCUUCAGCGACCUGCACGUCUACGCCAGCAUGUUCAGCGUGGUGCUCAUGAACUACAUCUUCAUGGAUGGCAAAUGCGACUACUUCCAAGGCACGGUGCUGGUGAUGGUCUACUUCAUCCUCCUGGCCGUGUAUUUCUUCGCCCCAUCGCCCAGCGGCUGCUGAGGCCUGGACAUGGCUGCCUCCACGUUGGGCC